UGGACUACGACCCCGGCUUGAAGUUCCCAUGUCCAAGAUGUGGGAAGAAGAUGAAAUCUGCAGCCUCAGUGCAGAAACACAUGAACCAGCCGACUUCUCGAUGCCGGCUGCUCUAUGAAGAAAUCCUUCAUUACCAACACCCACCUGAUCAACCGACUUUUCAACCUCCAGAAAACACAUGGAAUCUGGACCUCCCACCAAUCAGUGAACCCCCAAAUUCAGAUACUCCUCCAAUGGAAUCAAUGGACCAAGAUGACGAUGCGAUGAAUGCAGAGCCGGCACCACACGUUGAGUCUAUCUUUGCAAGGCCGCUGUCGAAUGCUGCAGGUUUCUUUACCAAGAGCUAUCCUCGUCCUCCACGCAAGUCACCAACAUUCAAAGGGGGGGAAACAUUUAUGGAAGUCUUCAAUGCAGAUCAGCACGCAGAUAAAAGGCAAGAUAACCUGUACUACCCCUUUGCAGGGAAGGCUGAGUGGGAGCUGGCAUCUUUUCUAAUGCGAUCCGGUCUGAGCAUGGCUGCAAUCGACAAAUACUUGAAACUUGAGCUGGCCAAAGGAAUCCGCCUUUCUUUCCAAUCUGCUAAAGACUUGCGAAAUCGAAUAGAAAUGCUCCCCUCUGGUCCCAAGUGGAAGUCCCAUACCCUUGCCCCCAAACACCCAACAAAGAAUCCCAUUGUUCUCUACCACCGGGAUCCUGUAGAAUGCCUCCAAUCCCUCUUGCGAAGCCCACUUGUGCAAGACCACCUCUCGUUCACUCCCUUCCGGCUUUUUGAGAGUUCAGCCAAAUUAAUGCGGGUUUACAUGGAGUGGCUGUCAGGCAAUGCAGCAUGGUAUAUGCAGGAAAUGCUGCCUCCUGAUGGAACUUUGUUAGGGACAAUCCUAUCUUCGGAUAAAACCAACAUCUCCAUCAUGACUGGGGGGGUAUCAACCUUGAAGCAGGUUACUGGGCGGGAGCACUGGGAUAUUCAACGGUACAUCGUUCCAGUUAUUGCCGGUGCUGUCUCAGGCCCCUUCCUCAUUGCCAUACAUGCUCUUAUCGACUUCCAAUACCUAGCACAGGCAACGGUCAUCGAUGACAGCGUCUGCGCUCAGAUCAAAAAUGCCUUGAGAACUUUUCAUGAUCACAAGCAAGCAAUCCUUGAUGCUGGUGCCCGAUGUGGGAAGAACGGUCCAAUAGAGAACUGGUACAUUCCAAAGCUCGAGUUUAUGCAGAGUGUGGUUUCCAACAUCAGAUAUAACAGGGCCGCAAUUCAAUGGUCAGCUGAUGUAACAGAGAAUGCACACAUACAAGUUGUAAAGGACCCCGCAAAUUCUGGCAAUAAUCAAAAGUAUGAGCCUCAAAUCUGCUGGUACUUGGAUCGGGUCGAUAAAUUGGACAAUUUUGAUCUUGCUACAGCAAUUGCAGAGGCAGGCCUUGACUUCCGUGCGUUUUCCCUCAACACCAAUGCAGGCAGUGAUGGAUGCGAUUCUGAGGAUGAGGGAGGCGACACAUCAUUGUUGGUGAAUGCGACGGGGGAACUCAUGUCUCUCAUAGACCCAGUCAAGUCCAGUCAGCGUUCCAGGAAACAAACGGAUUACUUCUACCGCGCUACCAUGCUUGAACGUGGUCUUCUAAGCGAUGCCUCUCACCCUCCUCGCACACACAGGAGUGUUGAGAACAUCGUCUUCCACCUGCGCUGUGACCCUAGCUUUAAGAGGCUUCCUAUCAAUAAGGUGGCUCAACAAUUUGGUCUCGCAGAUCUACGGCCCGCAAUCGCAGAUUUUAUCAACAGGUUGUCAUCCAGUGCUCCGCAAUUUCACAUUCCAGCAGUUGGAGGGCGUCGCUUUGCUCAAAAAGACUGUCAGCUGCCAUUCACACAUGUUGAGGUUUGGGAGAAGGUUCGGCUUCAAACGACUGCAUACCAUGAUCCACAUCCCAUUCUUCCACCCAUAACUAUCAAUGCUGCCCCACUAUCAGAAGCCUGGCCACAUGGUAAUUUUGACCAGGCCGUUUUCAAUAUGGAUCUGUCCCAGAAAUGGCCAAAGAGCGGUUUAGACGGCCCAUCGACUCAUUCCAACAAAAUCCUCCAAGACAGUCUCCACCAGGCCAUCACCGGUUGCUUUCUGGCCUACGUCCAGCGGUACGACAUCAUCUCCCACCUAAAGAAUCCAAAGAACCCUGCUACUCGUGGCCCGCAUCCUGAACCGACGUCAGGGCUUCACCUUCUCAAGCACGGCAUGAGGAUGAACGGCGAGCUUAUUGGAGAUGUUGUACCUCUGCAUCAACUACGCGCACUUGUCGAUGUUUCACCCCGCUUGGGUCAGAAGGCCGAUAGGAAGUUUACCAAGCAGAACAGUCUUCACUACAGCACAGAGUUCUGGUUGAACAAAUACUUCGAUAAAGAGACCUUCUACGCCCUGCAUUGAC